ACCUUGUAGACAUUGUAGACUAAAACUUGGUUCUAGACUAGUUUACUAAGUUUAGAAUUCACAACUAAAUCGUCACUUGUAAUGAAAUAAGCAUUUUCACUAUGCUCAGAGUGACAAGCUUCUAACUGAUCAGAAGAGUAAACAAAACAUUUGUAAUGGACAAGAUGUUCUCAAUUUUUCUGGAAUUUCUCCUGACUUUAAAAAACAUCACAUUUGCCUUUCUGGUUUCUUGGAUUCAGUUUUUUAUUCCACCAAGUAGAAAAUGUGUGCAAGGAGAAAUUGUUUUGGUGACAGGAUCAGCAGCUGGAAUAGGUCAAAGGUUGGCUGUGGAGUUUGCCAAAAUGGGAGCAAUAACUGUUCUUUGGGACAUCAAUAAAGGUGGACUGGACAAGACAAAAGAGUUGAUUGAAGAAGUUGGAGGGAAAUGUUUUACCUAUGCCUGCGAUGUCAGGAACCACGGCCAGGUGAAGAGCGUGGCGGGGCGGGUGAGGACCGAGGUGGGUGACGUGACCAUCCUGGUCAACAACGCGGGGGUGGUGACGGGCAAGAAACUGCUGGAGCUACAGGACGAGGAGAUAGAGGACACGUUCAGCGUCAACCUUUUCGCGCACAUCUGGACAACCAAAGAGUUCCUUCCCUCUAUGCUAGAAAACAACCACGGCCACAUUGUUAACAUGGGGAGCUCUUGUGGUCACAUAGGGAUCAGUCACCUGGUUGAUUACAGUGCAUCUAAGUUUGGUGUGACUGGCUUCACUCAGACUCUGAAUUAUGAAAUUUAUUUCUCCGGUCAUGAUGGUGUACACACAACACUGGUCAGCCCAUCCUACAUCAAGACAGACAUGUUUAAAGGGUGUAAAAUGGCAUAUCCACACAUACUACCUGCACUAGAGUUACAGCCAACAGUUAGUAGGAUAAUACAGGCCAUUUUGACCAAUCAAAAUGAAGUUUGCAUUCCACGUAUGGUGUAUGUAAUGGCAGCUUUGAAAACAAUGCUCCCGGUGUCUGCCAUGCAGGAAAUCAUCAAAUUUUUCCGUGCUGAUAAAUUCAUGGACACAUUUCAAGGAGGGAAAUCUUAUGGUGACACACUCAGCACUGAGGAGUGAUGUGUUCCACACACUCACCACUAAGGAGUGAUGUGUUAGACACACUCACCACUGAGGAGUGAUGUGUUUGACAGGAAUUUUAA